UUAUAAAAUAUAUAUUUUUAAAUUUUCAUUAUACUAUAUAGUCUCCUAUAUUCAUUCUUUCUUCCCCUGCAAUUUUUUUUUGCUAGUGUGUGAAAAAAAAUGGAUUCUUUUAAACAAAUUUGGGGUGUAGAAGGAUGUAGCAGCAGUGAAUCGGGUUGGACUAUGUAUAUCGAUUCUCCGCUACAAGAAGAUGAUGCUCGAUGUAGCAACGAAAACGAUGGAUAUCGCGAAAUUUAUGGAAAAAAUUGGAGAAGAAAGCAAGGAGGAAGUAAAGUUGAUGAAGAAGAGAGCGAUGAUUCGAUGGCUUCGGACGCUUCGUCCGGCCCGAUUCAUUAUAAUCAACAACAACACGGGUAUGAACGUGGCCAAGGUAGUCAUGAGACAUCGGUUUCGAAUUCGAAUUCGAAAAAAGAUAGAAAAGAUCAUGGAAGUAAGUGUUCUUCUAAGAAGAAUGGUAACAAACAAGAGAAGAAACGUGUUGAUAGUAGAAGUAAAAAAUGAUGGAAAUUUUUAUAUCAUUUCUUUGUAUAUGAUGAUGGGAUUUUUGUAACCAUGCAUCUUCAAAAUUUGAAUUUUGUUGUUCUGUAAUCAUACUUCUACUCAAAGGAAAUAUCCUCAAGAACAUUCUUUGGAAUCAUAAGAUUUGAAGUUUCAUCUUUUACAUUCAACUCUAUAAGUUGAAUGUUAUCGUUCUUUCACAUUCAACUCUCUCCGAGUUUGUAGUGUCAAUAUAGUUAGAAUGACUAUUAUUGUUUGUCAAAGUGACAACUUAGAGAGGGAUCAUAGAAAGAAAAUUAAAUUAUAUGAAAUAUCAAUACCUAUAAAUUUAGCGUAUUUGUGUGUCUCAUCCGUGUGAAUGUCUCAUGUUUAUCUUUAAGUUAACAAUGUUUGUGUUUAUGUC